GUGGGCUUCCAGCCACUAAUCCCCAAAGCCAAAUUUCUCGCUUCGCCUUCCCUUCCUCCCAUCUCUCUCGAGGCUCGCCGUCGCCGCCCUUCCCAUUCGUCUCCUCCUCCUCCUCUUCUCCACCUCCGCAAAACCCUAGCCGCCGACCCGUCCAAUCCCCCCACCAGCGCCCAAAAUCGCGGCCCCAACGAGCUAGGGCUCGCCAAUCUCUGGCCGGGCCCGUUGAAAUUUCCGGUCGGCCUUUCUCGGGUGAAUCCUUCAGUUUUUUUUUCCGGGGGGAUUGUUUGAUUUCCGCGGCGCACGAUGGGGAGCCGGAGGGAGGAGGAGAGGAACGAGAAGAUCAUCCGCGGCCUCAUGAAGCUGCCGCCCAACCGCAAGUGCAUCAAUUGCAACAGUGCGGGGCCACAAUAUGUAUGUACCAAUUUCUGGACCUUCAUUUGCCUGUCAUGUAGUGGAAUUCACCGUGAGUUCACUCACCGUGUUAAGUCGGUGUCAAUGUCCAAAUUUACUACCCAAGAAGUGCGGGCUCUUGAACAGGGGGGUAACCAGCGAGCUCGCGACAUCUACCUAAAGGACUGGGACUGGCAACGAAUGAGGUUGCCUGUCAAUACCAAUCCUGAUAGGAUAAGGGAAUUUAUCCGGGCUGUUUAUGUGGACAAGAAGUAUGCUGGUGGGUCCUCUAACAAACCAGCCACAGAUAGUGAGAGUGUGAAAAGCAAUGAAAAUGAAAUGAGGAGACCUAGUUCCUAUCAUUCAUACUCCCAAAGUCCACCUUAUGAUUUUCAGUAUGAAGAUAGAAGAUAUGGCAAGCAAGUUGACACGCUUGCUCGCAGGCCUUCAGAUAGGGCACUCUUCGACGGGAAGCUUGGCAACUUCUUAUUCAGUCCAGGUCGUUUGCGAGAUCAGACGAAUGAAGACCAAUUUGCUAAUGAAAGUUCAGGGUCAAGGUUUUCCGACUUUUCAGCCUCAAGCACUGGUGACUUUAGAAAUGAUGUCCUUUCUCCUAGCUCUCAAGAGACAGGGUACAGUAGUCCUUCUGUCCAUCAUUCAAGAAACAUCUCUGCUGAAAAUCCUCAAUCCCAGAAACAUCCUAAUGUAACUUCACAAAUAGAUUUCAAUGGAAUUCGACGCUCACAGCGAACAGGUUCUUCUGGAAGUUUUGGAUCAUUCGAUGGUAGCUCAGUGUCUAACAAAUCAGUUGAAUCAGGUUACCCGCCUGAUGCACCAACAGAAAAGUCAGUGCAUUCUGCAGUAAACCAUCAGACCGUGGCUUCUCCUGUGGCAAAUUCAACACAACUAUAUGCCUUGCCACCCAACAAUCACAACUUGAUACCUCAGAAACCUGCUGAUUUUGGUAGCCAAACCACUGCCAGUAGGAAACCUGUGCAACAUGGUAGGGCUCAGACUGAAGCUGCGGUGCCGCCACCUGUCCCAGCACAACCAACAACUUUCACACCUCUUGACCUCUUUGAUCAAUCAACUGUGCAACCACCUGUCACUUCUGAUGCACAGAUAGAUCUGUUUGCUGGCUUUAAUGAACAGUCAUCAGCUUCUCAUAAAACAGUUAAUUUAGGCAGUCAUUUUGAUGUCGCCAAAGAACCUGCCCAUAAUGGUGUCGUUCAGAAGACAGUGGUACCAUCAGCUGAAGCGCUCACCACAUCUCAUCCUGUUCCCCAAGAUUUCUUUAGUCUAUCAAUUUUGCAGGAACCAGCAACUUCCUCACCCCCUCCACCGAUUGACCUGUUUGCUGGCUUUGACCAAGAACUGCCACAGUUAUCUAGUGUUCAGCAAAUUCCAUCAGCAGCUACAUUGCCUGCUAACGGUGGAUGGGCUUUCUUUGGUGCACAGCAUGGAUCUUUAACAUCUGUUUCAAAUGUGCAAGCUCAGAAGCCCGCUGCAUUCCCUCUAUCUGAUGGUAUUGCUAAAGGAAUUGAUCAAUCAACAUUGCCAACUUCACCACCAAAUACCAUUGGGUCACAAAGUACUCCGUCUGUGAUGGAUAACUGGAGUUUAAAUGCUGAAGAAGUGAAGAUCUCUGUCCCCAAAGAAAAUUCUCAGUCUUGGAAUGCCUUUGGUGAAUCUAUUCAGAGCCCAUCAAAUAGUCUGUUCACAUUUAACACUAUGUCUCAAGUAGCGCCUCAUCAGUUCACUUCAUCUGGCGCUUCAUAUGCUGAAUCCAGAAUUCCACAGGAUUCAGCUGGGGGUGAGACUGAAAGGCCAACUCCUGGGGACAUGUUUUCUGAUUUCAACGUUUCACCUGUUGAGAUGGCUGGACCAUCGUUUCCUGCACAACUUGAAUCCCAUCUGGGCGGUGUGGUGUCUAAUCCUGGAAAAUCAACAAAUCCAUUUGACAUAGCAUUUGAAUCUGAUGUUGACGCCAACGACAUGUUUAUGGACUUGACCUCGCUACAGGAAACAUUACCAGAUCCUCAUACUACCUCAGAUUAUUCUGGGAGCUUAGCACACCCAUGGAUUUCUCAUAAUUCUGCGAUGCCAUAUAUUCCAUCUGGGCCUCAAGGUAUCUGCCCUUUGCACAAACUAAUCUUCAUGCGCAAGUACACAAGAGGGUUAUCCUACGUUGCUGGACAAGACUCUCACAUGUUGUAAGCUCCGUACUAUAUCAGAAAGGAAUGCACAGAAAUCUACAUGGCAGGCAUGCUGGAAUAUUUAAUUUCUGAUUUGUUGAAAUUACAACAGGUAAACCACUUUGAGAAUAAAACAGAUGGCAUAUCUAAUUUUGCAUCUGAAAAUGGGAACAGAACAACAUAUCAGAAAUCCCGAUUUAACUCUGGAAGAGAUGGUAGAGAUGUCAGGCAAUUUGGUGCACCUAGAGGGAGGGGAAGAGGAAGGCACUACAAUCAAGGUCGUGGAAGAGGAAACAACAACUGGGGAGACACAAAAUCCAACUUCAUGAGCCAUGAAAGUCUAGCAUCAGGGCGUCACAGUGAUGUUCCAGCUCCGGCAUCAGGCGGACACCGAAAGCGCCCUUCUAUAAUUUAUGAUGCAAAUGAAGUUAAACAAUGGGUAGAAGCACGGAAGAAAAACUACCCUACAAGCGUCAAUAUAAACAAGAAGUUGUCUGAGAGUCACUUAGAUAAUCAAAACAAGGACAAAGAUGCCCAGCUGCGACGCCAGGAACUGAAGGAAGUCCUAGCAAAGCAGCAAGAACUGGGUCUUGAAUUACCUGAGUUACCACCUGGCUAUCUAUCUGAAACUGAGGAUCAAGGCAAUGAAAAGAAAAGUAAUUGGAAAACUCAACGCAGGGAUUCUCGUUUUGAGAAUCGUGGCAAUACUAGCAAAAGACCGAGGUAUGAGCGUGGAGAGUUUCAGUCUAAAAGAUCCAAGGUAUGGAACCGCACUCCUAGCAAUGAUGGUGCAUUGGCUAAGAGCAGAGAACCAACCCUCCUACAGAAGCUUCUUAGCUCUGAUAUCAAAAGGGACAGGCAUAGGCUUCUUCACACAUUCAAAUUCAUGGCCUUGAAUAAUUUCUUUAAGGACUGGCCUGAUAAGCAGCUGCAGUUUCCCAUUGUUAAGGUGAACCAGAUUGAAAUUGAAGAUAAUAUUACCACAGGCAACUUAGAUGACUUGGAGAAUGCUGAGAUGGCCAAGGUCAGCAGCCUUGAUACAACUGGAAAUGGUGUUAGGAAAGAGUUGAGCUCGAUUGAUGAAGAAACUGGUAUUGCUGACCACAAUGAUGACGACGAAGAGGAUGGUGCUAGUGCGGACAGCAGAGACGAGGAUGGGGACGAGGACGCAGAUGAAGAGCAGUUUAACGAAGCCGAAGAUGAUGCGGCUGCCUGAAAUUUUGACUGAACCGGGUAUCUGAAAUACCUUUUUUUUUUUCUGUGUGUGUAAAGUUGAGCGCGCACAAUGCAUUCUAUCGCUCUUCGUAAAUUCCUGGCGAGGUCUCAUGUUUGAAGAAAAUACAUGUAGUUGAAUUAUGCGGAAAUGUUCUUUCUGAACAAAAGCAUAAAAAAAAGGUGCGCACAGGAGUUACGAGACCCCAUCGUGACUAUCGCACAGCAAA